GCUGGCGUUCACUGCUCUGUGGUGGGUGGAAGGUCUGUGGGCAAGGACGUCUCUCACCAGCUGUGCCUGAGCCACCGCACUCGGGACACUGCUGUCUCCUCAGCCACUCACAUCUGGUCACCCUGAUGGCCAAGGUUUCCACUGAAAUGGAUUGGUGGAAGAGAAAUUUCUGGAUCAUCUUAGCUGUGACCAUCAUCAUUGUCUCCACGGGCCUGAGCAUCAUCCUGUACUGUGUCUGUAGGUUGCUGCUUAGACAAGGCAAGAAAUUUGAAAUUGCCAGGCCCGUGAAACAAGAUGAAGAAAAGAUGUAUGAGAAUGUUACUAAUCAGUCGUCAGUUCAAUUACCCCCCCUGCCACCCCGGGGUUUGCUGUCUUCAGAACGUGCCUCCCCACAGGAAACCCCAAGUCCGCCACCAGCUACAUACACCCUGGUAAAUAAACUUAGAAAUAAGAAGGUAAAUUCCGUCCCAAGCUAUGUUGAGCCUGAAGAAGACUAUGACGAUGUUGCUAUCCCUGAAAACAUGGAAAAGCAUCACUUAGAAACCUCCAUGUCUCCUUUUUGGCCAGCUGAAGAAGGUUCACACAACUUAUUUUAAAACAAUCAAGAGUGGUUGAAGUUUAGUAGAUACCCAGUCCCGAAAGCCAGCGGCAAUGUUACGAAGCUUUGUAAGAUAAGCACUUCCUGAACCUUAGACACAGGCGCGUCAGCGAUCAGAUGACCGCAGGCAGAGGAAAGAAGCAGAUGCUCAGCCUUGAAGACCCAGAGGAGCCAGACCUUGAGCUUCUGUUGAGCGAGUCCCACGGGGAGGACUUCGGUUCCCUGCUCCUACCCGUGAGAAACCACUCAGUUCUCAGCACUCUUCCUUGUUUCCUUCCCUUGUUUGUGUGGUUCUAAGUGAUCUUAAAUCUUGCGGUUCGAUUGUACACAACCUCUCGGGUUCCCAUCCCCAGCACGGCCCUCACUGAGCAAACGGUCUUGUACCCACCCGCCCCACCCACUUCUCACAUUGAGGGGCUGUGGGUGGUAGUUACAGCUGAGCGCUCUUGUGCGCAAGUAACUGCGUCAAGCCUUCUGGGUUCUUCAAGGGAGGGAGUGCUUUUUGUUCACGUGAACUCUCCCCACCUGCACACGCCCACACCCCGGUGCCUCUCUGUGACCUUGGCCAGACUGACCGUGGAAACUCAAGCUCUCACAGGAGGUUUUUCUCCUGUGCUCCCCCGUUGCCCCAUAACAGUCAACAAAGGACAGAAGUUACACAAGGAGGUGUCGUUUUGCCAUAUGUGCAUUGCGGGAGCUAUAGGAAAAGUGGGUUUCCCCAGGAAAAAUCAUGGGGAACAAGAAAGAAAGGGAGAUUAAACGGCAAACUCAAGAUGAGAGUUCAGGGGGCUCACUGGCCUCCCCCAUCAUUUCCAUUACUGCCUCCUCCCUAGGAUAAAGUGCUAUGAGAACAGCGCCAAGCCCCUUCCUUCCAGAUCACUGUUCCUGAGCCACUGGAAGCAGAAACUCCAGUGCGAUGUGCCGCAGUCAAUGAGAUGCUGGGGAAGUGGGCUGCUGUCCGGUAAACGAGUGCUCUCGCUGCCAAGGCCCAGGUCAACUUCGUAGGCUCCUCAGCUUCAUCAUUUCCUUCGAGCUCAUUUCCUAGAGCCCUAGGACUGGACACUUUCUAACCAGACUCACAAGAGGCUGAUUCCUAAGCAAUCCCUGGGAAAUCCAGAAAAGAGCAGGCUUGCAGGGAGAGCACGAUGAACCGUGAAAAGGCCCAGGCGUGGCCCUUGGACUGAGCUGCUCCUCGAGAAUUGGAAACUGUGUUCCCACCACAGUGAGGCUUCCUCCCUCAACCACUGCUGGACCAGUGGGGACACGUGCUUCCUCCCGGCUUCUCUCUUUCUAGACGCUGUGGAGACCUCCAGCUGCAUGGUCGUACUUCCUUAUUUCAGGCCAGUGGUUCACUAACUGGUCUUAUGGAACUCUGAUAUUCCACCAGCCAGAGAGAGGACUCUUUUCCCAAAUUAUAGAAAAAAAAAGAUAAAGGAUAGAAGAAUUUCGCAUGUAUACUCUCCUCUUAGAAAUUUUCUGUAAGCCAUCUGCAUCGAUGACAAAAGUUAAAAACAAAUUCCAGGUAAAUGUUAACUCCUCCUUGGUGUCUGGGACCCCACCGUCUCCUCAUUCUCCUCCUGCCCGUCUGGCCUGUCUCAGUCUUGUUUGGGAGCCCCCUUUCUCUCUGAACAUCUCGUCAAUGCUGGUCUUCCUCAGGGUUCUGUCCCAGUCCCUGCCCUCAUCUCACUCUAAACCCUCAGGAGGGAUCUCACCGAUGGGCUCAGGGCCCCCUCUACUCUGAUGACUUCCAAAUCGCAGACCCCAGCUAGGCUCUCUCUCCUCAGUUGCAGACCUGGCUGCCUCCAGGACAUCCCCAUAUGCUUCUCCCGGAGGCUCCUCGAGUUCAAUAUACACUGAAAAGAGCUGAUCACCUACCCCCAAUUCCAGGCUUCUUGUGCUCUGCUAUCUUCUUAAUUGCUGAAGUCAGAGGCCAGCGCACCGUCCGGAGUCCCUCCUUCCAGUGUUCCCGCCUCCUGCUGACUGUGCCGCUUGAGGAGGUUUCCAGUCAGUCCCCACGUCUCCAUCGCCCUUCCCAGGCCAGGCCAUUGCCAGCACUUGCCAAGAGGACAGCCUCCCGCUGGCCUCCUGCCCUGGCGUCUCGCCCUCCAAACCCCUUGCUACAUGGCAGCCGGCGAUCUUCUAAAGUGAACAUCUGACCACUUCAUUCCCUUGCUAACUCUCUUCUUUCCCCAUUAUCCUCAGAAAAAGCCCAGCUCCUUCAUGUGGGUUACAGAUUUGUCAGGAUCUCGUCCCCGGUUAUCUCUUGCCGACCUUCUCCUCCUCACCCCCUGGCAACUUCCACUCCACCCAAAUUUUUGCUCCGGCCAUUUGAAAUGACCUCAUCUGUGGUUCUCCUGGCCCUGUGGCUAGGCACAGUACUCUCCCCUCUGUCUGGAACAUUCUUCCUCACCUUCUGAUCAUCUGCUUAGAUCCUUUCCUCAACCCCCCAAAUUUGGGUCUGGCGCUCACUUAGGUGCUCUCCUCUCAUGGCAUUAGCACGCUGUAACUACCCAUUUACCUGUCUUUCUCCCCCCCUAGACUGAGAAAAACGUGAGGGCAAGAACUGUGUUUCUUUUUCCCCCGUUGUUUUCUCUGUUCCCAGCACAGUGCCCAGACACUUUGGAGAUGCUUAACAAAUAUGUUGAAUGAAUGAAUGAAUGAAUGAAUGAAGUCCUCUGGGAUCUCACCCUUCCCUGUACUUGGCCCUGUGGAAACGCUUCUCCGUCUGCGCUAUAAUUGUCUGGCUACUUUUCCAUCCUCCUUUCUAAUCUGGGGACUCCUUGGGGUGGAACUUGCCUAGCUCACUGCUAUAUUCCCAAUGUCCAGCACAGACCCUGGCAUUUAAUACAUACUUACUGGAUCUUGAACAUUAACGGGAAACCUACCAGUCAGUUUGACAAAAACAAACAGACAAGCCCUUUCUGUCUGGGCGUGUGUAAUUUGGUUGAGAUUUUGUACGGGACACCUGUAAUAAAGCCAUGUUUUUACCAGUUUGGUUAAAAAAAAUUGCUACCAGUUUGGAAGAUAGAAUUAAAUAUGUUAAGAUUUCUCAGG